UGUGCUCCAUCAUCCAGAUGGGAAACCCAAGAAUCCACUCUUUGAUAGCUCUUCGGGCAAUACCAUGGGAUGCUCCAUUUGCAUCUCGCUGGAUGUGCACCUUCGAAACCAGAUUGAUCUCUUCAUCUUUCUUUUUGUAUCUUGGAGUAGCCAUCAAAUUUCAUUCAGAUUUUGAAUUCGUCCGCGAAGAAGCUCAACCACCUCUAGAGAAUCGAUCUCUAAGUAGAUUGGUUUUUGAAUUUCAGUCCCAAUUGAAUCCAAACUCUUGCAAAUCGUAAACAUUUCAAGGCCGCGUCGGUAUUGAGCUUCCAUGAUCCUGCCGGGGGAGGGGUCCAUCAAAAUAGUUAAAGUAUUUUCUUCUCUACAUAUUUGCAGAAGGAAGAAGCAGCGGCGAGAGGAACAGAUCGCGGAGUCCUCAGAGCUGUGCUGACACAGAAGAAAGCCGAAUUUGUGUCUUCAUGCCACCGCCCCACUCCACAGAAAUCUCUUCCCAUAACGCUACAACAAGACAAAUUCCAGAGCUUUAUCUGCCGUGACUUCGCGAUCCUCAAUAACCCACUGCUGGGUUCUUGGAUAAGCAAUUUCAAUAACCGGCUGCUUGGUCUUCUAGGGUUUUCUCUUGGUUUCAAGAAUCAGUUGAAUGACUUGAGUUGUGCUUCGACAACUACCUGCUGCUCUUUCUUAGGUAAAGGCUCAAGAUGGGAAUUUUUGAUGGCUUGCCAGUACCUCCUGAGAAAGCUUAUUUGAAGGAUGAACUUUCCAGAGUAGAUGAGAGUUGGGCUACUGCACGGUUUGAUUCACUUCCUCAUGUUGUACAUAUUUUGACAUCAAAAGAUCGUGACGGGGAAGCACAAAUUUUAAAGGAGCAGAGUGAUGUUAUUGAGGAAGUUGUGGAUGAAGUCGUGCAUGCUUUUCACAGUGGUUUCAACAAAGCCAUUCAAAAUUACUCCCAGAUAUUGCGGUUAUUUAGUGAAUCUGCCGAAAGUAUAGCAGUUUUGAAGGUUGAUUUAGCUGAUACAAAAAGAAGUUUCAGUGCCCGCAGUAAGCAGUUGCAUCAGCUAUGGUAUCGUUCAGUUACAUUGCGUCAUAUUAUAUCCCUCCUAGAUCAAAUUGAGGGCAUUGCUAAGGUUCCAGGACGAAUUGAGAAACUGAUUGCAGAAAAGCAGUUUUAUGCAGCAGUUCAGCUGCAUGUGCAAUCUGCAUUAAUGCUUGAGCGAGAAGGGCUUCAAACAGUUGGUGCACUUCAAGAUGUGCGAUCAGAGUUGACGAAAUUACGGGGAGUCAUUUUUUAUAAAGUUUUGGAGGAUUUGCAUGCCCAUCUUUAUAAUAAGGGUGAAUACAGCUCAGCAGCCUCGAUCAUGCAGGAAAGAGACAAUGAAGUCCCAACUGCUGAAGCUGUUGCUUUGUCUUUGAAUAGCUCACAAUCCCUGUCUCGAAGAACCAAGUCACAGAGAGGUGACAGUCAGUUUGGCAUUCAUGUGGCUGGAUCAUUUAGAACAGGUUCUGUUGAUGAUGGGUCAUCUUUUGAUGGCCACGAGGAAGGUAGUAUUUUGGAAUCAAAUGAUGAAGCUGUCUCAGAAGGCCAGUCAAAGGACGUGAAGCCGACCACACGGCAAUUGCCAACAUGGCUUUCAAAUUCCAUUCCAGAUGAAUUUCUAGAAACAGUAAAGAAGCUCGAUGCUCCGCUUCAUGUGAAGUAUUUGCAGACCAUGAUUGAAUGUCUGUGUAUGCUCGGCAAAGUUGCUGCUGCUGGUGCUAUGAUAUGCCAAAGAUUGCGGCCAACUAUCCAUGAGAUAAUAACUUCCCAAAUCAAAGCUUAUGCAGAACAAAAAAAUUCUUCGAGGUUAGGCUUUGGUCAGGCUGUUCGAUCUGAGACUGCUGCUCAUUUUAUGAAGGGACAGUCAGAAAGUUUACAUGUACCAAAACAGAAGGGCCGGAAUGGAAUUCCACUGGCUGGGACAUUGGUUGCAGUAAGCCCUGUCUCACCUGUGAUGGCGCCCAUGGGAAAGGCACAGACUUCUGCUAGAGAUCUUCUUGAUUCUGUUUUGGAAGCCGUUGUUCGUAUAUUUGAGAAUCAUGUUAUUGUUGGGGAGCUUUUGGAAUCAAAAUCCUCACGACAAACAGACAUGAAUACACCAAAGUCCAUGCCAACUGAUGAUAGUUGGAACCCAGACUCGGAAGGAUCUCAAGUUACAGGAGGUUAUACUAUUGGCUUUGCCUUGACAGUUUUGCAGAGUGAAUGCCAGCAACUAGUUUGUGAGAUUCUGCGAGCAACUCCUGAAGCAGCAUCAGCUGAUGCUGCUGUACAAACUGCUAGGCUUGCGAAUAAGGUGCCCUCCACAGAAAAGAGAGAUGGGGCAGAAGAUGGUCUCACCUUUGCUUUUCGUUUCACAGAUGCUACUAUAUCUGUUCCUAACCAAGGUGUGGAUCUCAUUCGCCAUGGAUGGAGUAGGAAGGGCCCCAGUGCAUCACAAGAAGGCUAUGGAUCAGCAGCUGUCUUGCCUGAACAGGGCAUUUAUUUGGCAGCAGCCAUAUAUCGGCCAGUUCUUCAGUUCACAGAUACAAUUGCUAAAAUGCUUCCAAAAAAGUAUUCACAGCUCGGGAACGAUGGACUACUUCCUUUUCUGGAGAACUUUGUGAAGGACCACUUUUUGCCUACCAUGUUUGUGGACUACCGGAAAAGUGUACAACAAGCUAUUUCAAGUCCUGCUGCAUUUCGCCCAAGGGCCCAUGCUGCUGCAAUUUAUAAUUCAUCUGUUGAGAGGGGUCGACCAGUCUUACAGGGUCUAUUGGCUAUUGAUUUCCUUGAGCGAGAGGUUGUUGGUUGGGCUCAAGCCAUGCCCAAGUUUUCUAGUGACGUUGUGAAGUAUGUACAAACUUUCUUGGAGCGAACGUAUGAAAGGUGUCGAACAUCAUAUAUGGAGGCAGUUCUCGAAAAGCAGAGUUAUAUGCUUAUUGGGAGACACGAUAUUGAGAAAUUGUUGAGACUUGAUCCAGCUAGUUCUUGGUUAUCAAAUCUUAGCAGCGGGUCAAACCUGGAAAAUGAUUAUUCUAAUGCUGAAACUGUCGAGAUCGAGUUAGAGCUCUCCAAUUUAUUAUUAAACUUACCACCAAUAAAGCAGGACUAUCUUAUCCGUGAUGAUAACAAACUAAUUUUGCUGGCAUCACUCAGUGAUUCACUGGAAUUUGUUGCCGACUCUAUUGACAAGUUAGGACAAACAACUUUGAAACCUUCAUAUCAAGCAGAAGUUAGUGGCCGGCCCCAUCAUACCCGAAGUCACAGUGCAUUUACUCGGGAUCUGGCAUCAUUUGCAGAGGAGUAUAGAAAAUUAUCUAUUGACUGCCUCAAGGUUUUGCGUGUUGAGAUGCAACUUGAGACGCUUUUCCAUUUACAGGAAAUGACAACUAGGGAAUAUAUGGAGAACCAGGAUGCUGAAGAGCCAGAUGACUUCAUUAUUUCCCUCACCGCACAGAUAACACGUAGAGACGAGGAAAUGGCACCUUUUAUUUCAGGACUCAGGCGGAAUUACAUAUUUGGCGGAAUCAGUGCUAGUGCAGCAAAUGCAUUUAUUAAGGCGGUAGCUGACAUCAAGUCUAUCAAUCUCUUUGGCGUCCAGCAGAUAUGUCGGAAUUCAAUUGCAUUAGAACAGGCCUUAGCAGCAAUUCCUUCAGUUAACAGCGAGUUAGUACAGCAGAGAUUAGAUCGUGUGCGUACUUACUAUGAAUUGUUAAACAUGCCAUUUGAGGCCUUGCUUGCCUUUAUCAUGGAGCACGAGCACUUGUUUACUGCAGCAGAGUAUGCCAAUCUUCUCAAGGUCCAUGUUCCAGGAAGGGAGAUUCCAGCCGAUGCACACCAUCGUAUAUCAGAGGUCUUAUCCCGUUAAGAUCCCAUCCAACGCACAAGAUCACAUAUCGGAGAUCUUAUCCCAUUAAUUUCCUGAAUGCUUUGAAUGUCUAUGCUCAUGUCGUGCCAACAAGGAUUCCAGUUCAAGCAUAUAGCUCGGUAGAUUUUGAAGUGGGGCGAGUGGAAACCGAACGAUGCUUCCUUCAAUGGAGGAGGUUGCUAUCCUAAAUUCAUCAUAUGCGGUAAAUUUUAUCACUUCGUUUGUGGCGGUGUUCUAAAUUCUUGUGCAGAAUCAAUUUUGCUUCCUUUUUCAAUUUGUCAAUGCUCCUUGGUAACUUCAGUUCAGGUUGAGAAUUAUUAAAAAAAAUUUAUGUACAUGUACUUUAGAAAUGUUUUCUUGUAUAAAAUUAUAUUAAUUUUUUCUUCUACACUAAUUUCAGUAUCAAUGUAGAAUUUUUAAACU